AUGCACAAAUGCACAUACGACGGGUGUUCCCGCAGCUUCAAACGGCCGGAGCAUUUGUCAAGGCAUAGACUGAACCAUCAACCUCGUACGAUCCACGAAUGCAGCAUAUGUCACAAAGACUUUGUGCGCCUGGAUCUCCUACAGCGCCAUCUCCGCCGACAUGAUCGGGGAAUGGUUAAGUACAGGAACUCGGGUGGCUAUUCCACGAGGGCCGAGCUCCCGGUUCGCUCAGCCAACGUGCCAAAACCAGAAGAAGCAGCAGCAUCGGUGCCUGUGUCUCAAUACAAGACGGAGCAAAACCAACUACCCUCUAGGGGAAACUCGGAAUACUCUCACGUUUCUGGAUCUCCCCUGAGUUCCAUGAGCCAAGAUGUGCUAGAUCCAGUACUUAUCCAAGCUGCUCAGCUGGCCAGUCAAGAAAGCGGAUACAUCACCCCAGGGAACACAUCCGAGCCGAUGCAGCAGCUUACCUUUUUCCAUGGGCCCAGUGAUGGGACUUGGUUUACUCAAGAUCUGGAUUGGCUCUUUGGUGCAAGUCCGGAAGAAGUGCCGUCAAGGUUCGGCGACUUGCAACCCAUCUCUCAAAGCUCUCCGCUGGAGAGUUUCCCAGGGUCAUUUGUCCCUCCACCUUUGUAUAAUCAGAAUACCGACUUUAUCGAUCCCGUAUCGCGACAACGGGUGAUGGAGGCACUCUCGUGUCUACCUGCCGAGCUGUUGACUUCGAGUUUCUUUGACGCUGCCAACUUGCAGAUGUUUAUGCAAAAGUAUUGGCUCGAGUACAAUCCACAUUUUCAAAUGCUGCAUCGUCCAAGUUUCUCUGUGGUCGAUGUUCCGCCCUUGUUAUUGGUCUCGCUCUUGACGCUCGGUGCGACAUUGUCUCCUGACGAUUCACACUAUGCUGUGGCCGAGAAGAUUCACCAGAACCUCCGAUGGUUGAUAUUUACGUCGUCGUCCUUCAAAACUCCCGCCCCUCUGUGGGUGAUUCAGUCUUUGUUGAUUGUUCAAGCAUAUGAAAAGAUGUUUUCUACCAGGAAACUACACGAAAUGUCGCAUAUAUUCCAUUCUUCGCUUAUGCGGCGCGGGAGCUGCUAUGGUCCAGGACAGACUACCAGCGGUGACCUCUCGACCCUGGAAAAUACUUGGCAUCGGUGGAUUGAGCAAGAGUUGACCCACCGGGCUGCCUACUUUGCUUUCGUCAUGGAUGCUCAGCACUCUUCCAUAUUUGGACAUGCUGCGGUGCUGUCUUUAACCGAUAUUCGACUGCCAUUACCAUGUGCAGAAGCGCUAUGGGAUGCCCCCACCGCCACUGCGUGGAAUCGAGAACGGUCUCGGCAGCCAUCUUCGACGCCUUUUUUUCUUCCAGCACUCCGGGCUCUGCUUUGUCGCCAACCGUUGCCCCACACUUAUAGCACUUUUGCACGCUUCGUGCUGCUACAUGGGCUGUUCAGUCUCACCCGUCACAUGACGAUAAGAGACCAGACAGCCUCCUUCAUCGGAGGAAACACCUUCAGUCGCCCUGCUGACCCUGAAAUCAACAUCACCAGCGCCUCGGCGUCUCCUCACCCAGAGGAUGACGAUGACUGGCGUGAGCGAGUUGCUCGUGCCGUUGAUACCUGGUCUUUGAGCCUCUUUUCCCGUUCUCCAUCGCUUUGUCUCGAGGCGGCCAAACCGCUACAGCAUAUUGCACAUAUCAACAUUCACACCAACUUGAUUGACUUUCACAUUUUAGCAGGGGCACCGAACCUAGCCACUGGAGUUCGUGCUCAUCCAGCAAGUAUGGCUGGUGACAGCCAAUAUGCGAGAGCCUGUGAAAGGGUCCUAGCCUGGACCAGGGACCUGCCCAAUGCAAAGCAAACGUUGAUUCACUGUCUCACCUUGAUCCAGGAGACCAUGUUUACCCGCGCACAGUAUCUGGCCUGUGAGGACAACAUCCUUUUACGACCCUGGGUUUUAUACCAUAGCACUCUUGUGGUUUGGGCCUAUGGAGUUCUUACUGAGGGGUUUCAACCGGGAAGGGUCUGUAGUGCUGAGGAUUAUCUUUCACAUAUGCUCAAUCACCUCCUGGGGAACGGCGAUAUUUCACAACUCCGGGGGGCUAGUCAGACCUCGGGUCUUAUUGCAUCAGUUAGCAUCGCACUUGACAACUGCAGGUGGGAGCUUUUGCGGGAGGCAAAGGAUACGCUUGACUCCCUCGCCCAGCAGUCCAGGCUUCUAUUAUCCAUCAGAGAGUCGACGGCCUUUUCCGAUGAUACACGCGAAAGAACAGUUGCCGGCAUGCCAGAGUAA